AAGGAGCAGCAGCAGCAGACCCUGGAAGAGCAGCGACCGAGGCAGCAGCAGCCGAAGGCAGAGAAAGAGCAACGAAAGCAGCAACAAAAUCAAAGGUUAAUCCCGGUCCCACGAUGCCCGCUGCUGCUGCUGCUGCUGCUGCUAACGCUGCUAAUUGUUGGCCAAGCAGUUUACGCUGCUGCGGGCAGUGGGGCAGUGACAAAUCGCUCGGAUUGGGUGGCUACCCAAUCACUGAGCUACCACCAAGACAGUGCCGUCGGUGGUAGCCCAUUCACAGCAGCCAAUGCAUUUGCCAUCGGGCUCAACGGUCAGUCUACCCGGCAGGAGGAUGAGGUGCUUGUGGAGGAGCCGCAUGCCCUGACCAUUUCUCGACCACCGCGUGCAGGUCGCAGCGAGCGGCAGGCGGAGGAGGAUCAGGUGGACCGCUGCCGGCUCUUUGUCGAGGGCGAUGCCACCAAGAACGAGCUCUACAGUCCCGAGUAUCCCAAUCUGUAUCCGAAGAACAUCAACUGCACGCGAGUGAUAACAGCGCCGAAGGGACAAAUCAUACGCCUGGACUUUCGCAACUCGUUUAAUAUCGAGGCCAAGGAGGAGUGCAAAUUUGAUUUUCUCGAAAUACGCGACGGUCAGUACGGCUUCUCCACGCUGAUUGGCAAGUAUUGCGGCACCGAUUUCCCACCGGAAAUCACCUCCAAGGAGCGCUAUCUGUGGCUGCACUUUCACUCGGACGAGACCAUCGAGUACACCGGCUUCAGUGCCGUGUACGAGUACCUCGAUCGGAACCGCGAGGCACCCAGCACCGACCUCAACUGCACCAUCGAGAAGGAUGGCUACGAGGGCUUCAUCAACUCCACGGAUGUGCCGGCGGAUAUACGGGAGCAGGUCAUCCGCAACAAGAUAGCCCUCGACUGCAUUUGGCGCAUCCAGGUCAAGGAGAACUGGAAGAUUUUCCUCAAAUUUUUGGACUUUAAGCUGAGCAAACCGAACGAUUGCGAGACAAACUUUCUGGACAUAUUUCCCGAGCAGACAGUGAUGCCGUUGCGAGUGAAAAACUUUUGCGGUUCGGCUGGCGAGAGUAUUACGGCGGAAUCAAACAUUUUGCACUUGCGUUUCUAUGCAGAUCAAAUCGCGAUUAAUUCGACAUUCGGCAUUCUGUACACCGCGUUUCGGGACCGUGGAGCUGCCUGCACCGAGGACGAAUACGAUUGCGAGGACGCGACCUGCAUAUCAAAGGAUUUGGAAUGUAAUGGCCUAGACAAUUGUAAAUUUCGAUGGGAUGAGGAGAGCUGUACGGGCGAAACGGCUGGUCAAUCGGAGCAUGUGGUCAUCAUUGUGAUUGUGUUCGGCCUGAUACUUGGCGGCAUGGUCAUUACGUUCAUCGUCAAUUGCAUACGCAAGAUAAUACGUGAUCAGAAGAUAAUACGCGAACACAUUCGUGAGUCAAAGGAGAGCAAACUGGACGAGAUGGGGCGCAAUUCCAAGGCUCGUUCGCGCGAGAACAUAUCAAGGCAAAAACAUUCGCAGACCUCGCUGCAAAUACUGGACGAUGUCUCGAACCGCUACUAUCGAGAGGCAGUGCCCAUAUCGACGCAAUCGAGCAAAGCCGAUUUCAAGGAGAAGGAGCACAGCAUUCUGCGACGCCACCCAGACAUGACCCAAACGAGUCUAUGCGGCAUCGGCAUUGGCGACGAUGGUGAGUCGAGCUCGACCACAACGGCCACGCACACGCACGAGAUGAUGACAAAGGCGGCCAUGUCGGCGGCACCAGUUAAUGCCUGCGAUAUGGGCUGUCAGACGAGGGAAUCUCUGUUCGUCAACAGUCCCGGCAUCGGGCCCGGAGCGGGUGCUGGUGUUGGCUUUGGUGGUGGAGGUGGAGGCGGAGGUGGAGGUGGAGGCGGAGGCUUCGGCAUUGCGACUCUAAUGAGACAAAAGUCAAGCUCGUCUUCGCAGGGAGGUGGCAGCGUGACGGGCGUUGGGAUGCCACCACCUCCACCACGCUUUUUCUCCACCUUUGGCUAUGAGCCGGCUCCACACGGCCAAGGAUCACCCUCGCUGCCGCAGUCCACACCGCCGCCGCCGGUGGUGGGCACACUGACACGACGCAGCAUGCAACAUCAGCAACAGCAACAGCAGCAGAUGCAGAUGCAGCAGCAAAUUCAUCCCGAGUCGAUGGAGCUGGAGGAGCGACAUAGCGGCCGUUCGCAUUAUGGCGGACUCAUGCUGACCCCAACAGCCAAGCCGCCACAGGAGAUCUGUCACCACCAUCACCAGCACCAGCAGCACCAGCAGCACCAGCAGCAGCAACAGCAACAUCAUACACAACUGCAGCAGCAGCAACAGCAGCAGCAACAGCAGCAGCAACAGCAGCAGCAGCAACAUCAACAGCAACAGCGCAUGCAUCAUGCACAUCCUGCCCAUCAGCAUCCACCAAGCAUUGCAGCACGAAUCCCAGCCAUGGGCCUUCAGAAGGGACAUGGCCAGGGCCAGGGACAUGGCCAGGGAAUGGGACAGACAACGAUCCUGCCCGGCAAGCAGCCGCAGCCGCAGCAGCAGCAGCAAAAGAACGAGGAGUCCAAAGUAUUCAUCGACAUACGGAAUUCAGCGCCAGACGUGAUUAUCAUGACGUCCCAUUGACAUUUAAGGAUUGCCCGCCAAUCAACAAGAACAACAGCAGCAACAGCAACAACUACGACCAACAGGAACAUCAGGAGGAACCACGGGGAGUGGAGGAGGAGCAGCAGCAGCAGCAGCAGCAGCAACAGCAGCAGCAGCUGGACGUUAGCCAACAUAUUAACCGCAGCGACGCUGAUGACACAACACGGACACGGAGGCGGCAACUCGCAAUCAGCUCGGGGGCAGGUCCUGUGCCUCUGUCUGUGCCAGUUCCAGUUCCAGUUCC